GAGCCAGGGCUCAGUUUGGAAGAGUUCGUCCAAGAUGCUAACUCAUUUUGGUGCUGUGUCUAUAUUUUAGUAAAAGUCACAAACAUGCAGUAGCUACGUUGAAAUAAAACAUCACAACGUUUAAAUUCAUAAAGUGACAAUAUGUUAUUAGAUUAAUUAUAGCCUGGAUUUAUUUGACAAUCUGACGUUAGGUAGCAAAGUAGCGCGACUUGACUGUUGCGCAUAGGAGCUUUUUUCGUGGAUCACAACAAAAGGAUUUUUGAUAACAAGCUGGCAGCUAGCUAGCUUAGUUAAGCUAACGUUAGCUGACCUAGCUAGAUGAGGACUUCUCCAUGAAUUGCCUCCAAUCUGCUUAGUUACGUUAACUAUAGUUUUUCGCUUUUCGUUUUUAGCUAAGACUAUUUCAGCAUUUUGCUGUUAAACACUCAGCAAGCUAACGCAAGUGAACUUAUUGUUGUGAUUUGAGUAAAGCAGGCCCCCCACCAGGUAGCUAGCAGCCGGCCUUCCCAAGCCACUUGGUGUUAGCACUGGGGGCGGGGGGCUGUCACAAAAUACUCUCCUUAUUCAAGUCCAUUUGAUAGCAUUAACUGUGUUAUUCAAUAUGUUCAUUAGAAGCUGGUCGUGAUUAUUUUUGUGCACGGAAUGCGACAGUAUGAGGCCCAUCCCGUGUUUUAACUUUAUAAGUUUGCAAGCUAGCUAGCUUGGAUGUCUAGCAGUGGUUGUGACAAGCUAACUGUAACGUCAAGUGGACAUCUCUGCUUGUUCAACUCACCAAAUGCUUAACUUCACAGAAGAGGCAGUUAUGUAACGUUAGCAAUGCUGCUGCCAAAACAACCUUGCUAUUUUAUUUACUAUUCGAAGUUUCAUUGAGUGUCCAUCUCUUUUGAGUAUACCCUGCUAGCACUGGCUUCCAUCCUGUGACUCACUGGUCACUAGAGGGGCCCUGUCAGAGCAAGGGCCCAAACUGUAGCUCUAGGUCUCCUCGGUCUGUGUGUGUGAGAGCUUGUGUUGAGUCUUUUGGAGACUCCCGGCUUGUCCAGCUAAGAUGUCCUCUAUCUUGCCAUUCACCCCUCCUGUGGUGAAGAGGCUGUUGGGUUGGAAGAAGUCGACCAGCGGCCCAGGCGGAGCAGGCGGUGGAGAGCAGAACGGGCAAGAGGAGAAAUGGUGUGAGAAGGCUGUGAAGAGCUUAGUGAAGAAGCUAAAGAAGACUGGCCAGCUAGAUGAGCUGGAGAAAGCUAUCACCACACAGAACUGCAACACCAAGUGUGUCACCAUCCCCAGCAAUUGCUCUGAAAUAUGGGGACUGAGUACACCAAAUACGAUAGAACAGUGGGAUACAUCAGGCCUAUACAGCUACCCUGACCAAACCAGAUCGCUGGAUGGCCGUCUGCAGGUCUCCCACAGGAAGGGGCUUCCCCACGUUAUCUACUGCCGCUUGUGGCGAUGGCCGGACCUUCACAGCCACCACGAGCUGCGCGCCAUCGAGGCCUGUGAGUAUGCCUUCCACCUAAAGAAGGAUGAGGUCUGCAUCAACCCCUACCACUACCAGAGGGUGGAGACCCCAGUGCUGCCUCCUGUUCUUGUGCCAAGACACUCAGAUAUCCUGCCAGAGCUGCCACCUCUGGAUGACUACACUCAUUCCAUACCUGAGAACACAAACUUUCCUGCAGGAAUCGAACCUCCAAACAACUAUAUACCAGAAACGCCUCCACCAGGCUACAUCAGUGAGGAUGGGGAGGCCAGCGAUCAACAGAUGAAUCAAAGUAUGGACACAGGUUCUCCAGCAGAGCUUUCCCCGAGCACUUUGUCUCCUGUCAAUCACAGCAUGGACCUGCAGCCGGUGACUUACUCAGAGCCAGCCUUCUGGUGCUCUAUAGCCUACUACGAGCUGAACCAGCGCGUGGGGGAGACGUUCCACGCCUCUCAGCCCUCGCUGACAGUGGAUGGAUUCACAGAUCCAUCAAACUCUGAGCGUUUCUGCCUGGGCCUGCUGUCUAAUGUCAACAGGAACGCCACUGUGGAGAUGACCCGGAGGCACAUAGGAAGAGGAGUUAGACUGUACUACAUUGGAGGGGAGGUAUUUGCUGAGUGCCUGAGUGAUAGCGCCAUCUUUGUCCAGAGUCCAAACUGCAACCAGCGGUAUGGCUGGCAUCCAGCAACAGUGUGUAAAAUUCCUCCAGGUUGUAAUCUAAAAAUCUUCAACAACCAGGAAUUUGCAGCCCUGCUGGCUCAGUCAGUCAACCAGGGCUUUGAGGCUGUCUACCAGCUCACCAGGAUGUGCACCAUCCGCAUGAGCUUUGUCAAAGGCUGGGGAGCCGAGUAUAGGCGGCAGACUGUCACAAGCACUCCUUGCUGGAUCGAGCUGCAUUUGAACGGUCCCCUGCAGUGGCUGGACAAGGUUCUGACCCAGAUGGGUUCCCCGUCUGCACGCUGCUCCAGUAUGUCCUAAACAGCUAAGGAAACGCCCCCCAAAAAAACGCAGCCCAUUACAUGAUCAUUAAAUUCUAAACUUGUGAGUCCUUUCAUGAAAAAAAUGGAAACCCCCACAGAAUGAAUUUUCUGUAACAUUCUUCAUAGUAUUUGUGGUAUUUCCACAUCCCUCUUAACUUUACACACACACACACACACACACACACACACACACACACACACACACACACACACACACACACACACACACA